AUGACCACAGUCAUCAUCGAUCCACACGGAGACUUGAUAUUGCAGGUUGAGGAUGAAUGCAUAUCAGUAUCCUCGAAGGUACUCAGCCUGGUGUCGCCGGUAUUUGAAGCCAUGAUGAAGCCCAAUUUCAAGGAGGGGAUCGAAUUACAGACGGUAAAAAGCACUCAAUCGACUAUAUCAUUACACGAAGACGAUAUCGAGGCCUUAAUUAUCUUUUGUAAAGUUAUUCAUCACCGGGCCCACGAAAUUCCCCAGGUACCCAGUCCGUCUUGCUUGGAGAAACUCGCCUAUAUAUGCGACAAGUACCAGUGCACCGGCUCAAUGAGAGCCUACGGAACCCUAUGGCUGCAGAGAAAUUUUCAAGAGAUUCCUUCUGAGGAUCUCAAUCGGCUACUGUUAUUUGCCUACGUCCUUGACCUUUCAAAAUCAUUCUCUGUUAUAUCAGCAGAGGUCCUUUCCCGCCAGAAGGGGCCGUUCGAUACUCUUCCAGCUUUAUCUAACCAUCAGCUCGUACGUCACGAUCUCCUUGAACCGUUCAAUGUGGAGAAGCUGAGACUCAGUUUAACACUCCACCGAGCUAUUAUGCAACCGAUCAGCAACUUGGUGGGAAUUGACUGUGAAAAAACCAUGAGUACGAUAGGCCGUUAUCAAUGUUCUCUCAAGAAAAACGGGGUUUAUCCCUACGAUGACAACUUCGAGAAACAAAGUUUCCGAAACAUAGCGGAUAAAGUCUCCAGCAUAUCCGAGAUAUACAUCGACUCUUGCACUUCUUGGAAGUGUCAAUGUCAAGAGCUGAAGCGCUCAGGUCUAAGCGUGCGACUGAGACAGGAGAUUCAGAGAUGGAAAAUGUCCAGGCAAGGGGUCUGUCUUGAUUGUGUUAAGACCGCCCGCAGGUCAAUUGUGGAAGGGAAAUGUGGGAUACUUCAUCUCUAA